AUGAAUCUAGGGUUUUGCCGCAGCCGAAGGAACACUGGGGAUCAUUCACCUUUUAACUCCGUUAUUGUCCUCCAGGGCAUGCAUGGCGGCGUUGAAGGCGGUGGUGGAAAGAGGGGAAACUUUGAGCUUUACUAUGAUGAUGGCUCCGAUUCAGGACUCCAUCUACUACCCGUAAGCAUGUCGGACUUCUUGAUGGGUUCAGGCUUUGAUAGUCUUCUCAAACAGCUGGCUCAGAUUCAGAUCAAUACGGUAGGGUACUAUGAACAUCCCUUGGCGUCAAAGGUAGCAAUUGAGUCCACGCCAACCAUCAAGACUGUCAACAACCAUGCUGUCACUGAGUCUCAUUGUGUUGUCUGCAAGCAGCCCUUUGAACUUGCACAAGUGACAGCAAGAACCACCUGCCAUUAG